UCGUGCCCAACAUUUUUUUGUGAAACGCAUAAUUGAAUUGAAUUGUAUGUGUUGUUACUUUAAUUUUAUUGCACAUGAAAUUUGAAACUCCAUUUUUUCAAAUAUAUGCAAACAUUUCUUAGUGGUUAACGAAUUGUGCCUUUCAAACGUGUGAAAAAUAAUUUUUAACCCCGGUGACAAUCUCUACUGACUGAAGACGAAAUCCUUGUCAAGCAUUCCUGCGCUACUACAAUAAUACAACAUGGAAGAUCAGCUGCUUAAGGUCACUAAAGUUAUUGAAAAGCAAGUAGACGCGGCUAUUGAAAAAAUAGACAGUCUGGAUGUAAAUGAUCUUGAAGAGCUGCGCAAAAAUCGUAUCAAGGAGUUUCAGAAACUAGAAGAAAAAAAAAAGGAAUGGCUUCAGAAUGAACAUGGAAAAUAUGAGGAAUUGUCUGAAGAAAAAUCUUUUUUUGAUGUCAUAAAAAGAUCCGAAAAUAUAGUGUUGCACUUUUACAGAGAUUCAUCUGAAAGAUGUAGAAUAGUUGACAAACAUCUUCAAAUUUUAGCCUCCAAACACAUUGAGGCUCGUUUUACUAAACUAAAUGCAGAAAAGUGUCCAUUCUUGGCCGAGAGGCUUAAAAUUAAGACAAUUCCAACCAUUGUUUUAAUUAAAAAUACUGUAAUGGUUGACAAAAUAAUUGGUUUUACUCAGUUGGGUAAUAGAGACGAUUUUACAUCAGAUAUGCUCGAAUGGAGAAUUGCCCAAAGCGAUACUAUAAACUACGAUGGAGAUUUAUCCACUCCCCCAGAUCAACAGAUAAAACAUAAGGGAUAUGGCAAAAAAAUUCGAGAUGGUGCAUUCAACGGAGAGGACGAUGAUUUGGACAUUGAAGAAUAUGCUUUAAAUCGUGACAAUUUGAAAUCAGAAAAUCUUGCCAACGUUAAAAGUUCAGCACCAUCUACUGAAUUAACGCCAGAAGAAGCUGCGGAAUUGGGGUUGGAUGAAUGAAAAACUAUUGGUUGAUUGCUUUGAUUUACUAAUAUACAAAAUUUAAGUAUUAAAUUAUUUUUAAACAAAUUUGGUAUAUUAAAACACAAUAUUUUUAUGGUUUAAGCUUCCAUAGCAACUGCCUCCUUUUGUUUGGGCUUCUCUGUGUUUUUUUCUGAAAUUAAACAUAUUACACCACAAUCUCUCCAAUGCUAUUAAAAAUAUGGAAGGAAAUCAUUACAAAUUGGAACACACAAUGAAUCAUCAUAACAAGGAAAAAUAUGUUAACAAUCUCAAAAUAAAUUAUUAACUUUA